GAAGGCCAACAACUUGCGACUUGCCACAGUUGAGUCAGAGUGGGAGUGGCUUCUGUUUCAGACGCCUGACAGACAGGCUGCGGCUGUUCCAGUUCUUAGAAGGACUGGUGGGCUUCUCCUAUGCUUGCCAGAUGGAGCAAUCAGCGCCGAGGAGGAGGCCAACAACCAACUUGGAGAUCUCAUCGCAGAGUUGGGGCCUGUCAAACGGACCUAUGUAUGCUGCCAAGGUCAUGGGGGAGAGCCGACACUAGCUGUUGUCUUCAUCGACGUGCAAGAAUCCAACUAUGGUGUCUUGCACUAUGCUACCCGGAAACGUGUGGCAUGGGAGGAAGGAACGAUCCAAUUCGUCGAGGGCGAAGAAGUUGCCAGGCCAGAUGGCCCACAGAUCAUCGCUGCUGCUCAAGCUUGGGUAGAAGGCGAAGAUGGACCCACGCCAGAAGAGUACCUCUCUGCCGUCGAGGGGGCGCCUCCUUCCGUACCAAUGCAAAUGCCACCUGGCAUGGACAUGGUGCUGGCUCAGCUUUCUUCCUUGGCAGAUGCAGUCAGCGCUCUGCAAUCCAAUGUCAAAGGUUUGCAAGAGGAACGCCAUUCAUCACCUCUGGCAGUUGGGGCUCGUGCAAAAGCAGCUUCAAGUGUCAAACCCCAUGCAGACCCCUUGCAGCAACUAGCGCAAUUGGCGGGCCCACCGCCCCGCACCAGAAGUGUGGCGGUCACGGCCGCCAAAGACGUUGCAGACUUAGAUGGGGAGGAGCUGACCGAAGAGGAAGUAGCCCUGCUGGAAGAGGGUCAGUCAGCCCUGAGCACGGACCAGAUGCUGCGCCUCGCCUUGGUGAAGGCCUUGGGAAAAGGGAGCAAGUCCCGCAAAAAAGUAGGCUUGGCUUUGGGAGACAGCUCAGACGAGGAGGAGGACGAUCCGCUCAGGAAGUUGAGCGGAGCCCGCGGCACCCUUUUGCAAGAGAAGUUGAGACAAGGGAUGGAUGCAACACCAAUGGCGUACGUGAAAUCCAUCGAAAGCAUGGCUGCUGCUUGCCUGGGGCAGACUCAACCCACGCAAGACACAAUGGAGAGGUUUGUGCGGGAAGAGAUGCCAAUUGGAUCCAGCCGGGAUUUGGGCUAUAUGGUUUGGGCUAUUGUCAAGGCUUUGAAUCUGAUGCGGAGCAAGAGCUACGACAAAGCCCAGCUCGUUCUCAUGCUGACCUUGGCAGCGGUGGAGCAGUACAGGCUGGACCAAAAUUGGCAGUCAGCAUGGAGGUUAACGCACCUGGGCCUGCCACCCUUUCAGGAAUGGAAGGUUCGAGAGCAAUCGGUGCAGCAGCUUCGCCUGGAUCAUGCCCACAGUCGCUUGAUUCAUGCAACAUGGGCGGCAGCAAUCACUGCACGUCUCAAGGACGAGGAGGUGCUGAUGAAAAGGCGAGGAGCUCCAAAAGCGGUUCCCCGAGCCGACAAAGGCGGCGACAAAGGCAAAGGCCGUGGUCGCAAGGCGGAACAGGAGGUUGAAGACACAGCCUCUGAAUUAGAACGUUUGCAUGCGUUGUUUUUUGAUCAGGAUAUCCCCUAUGGCUCCAAUCAGGGUCAUGAGAAUCAGAGAUCUAGGUCAACUCCUGCGGUUGUUGUCCCCACGGUGGCAUCUUCCGUGGCUUUCCCGGAAGAGUUGCAAGGUUUUAACCCCUUACCCUUUCUGGAUGAGGAAUUCUCCCGGGCAUACCACGACCCUAGCUGUUUAUUGCAUGGUCAGUACAGGGAGCAGCCGCGGAUGAUGCCACCUGAUGCUGUGUCGGCCGCGACCCGGAGUGAAUUGCUCCAUUUGGGAUGGCGCUGGGAUCAAGUAGAUCGGGUUCCGGUCACUGUGGCUUGGGGCACCCAAGUCGAAGGCGUUUGCGGCCUAAUCGGUGCAAAGCGAGAGGAGGCCAGAGGUGAGUUGCAGCUUUUAAGCAUUUUGGGUCCCACGGCCUUAGCUCAGUUGCGACGUCAAGUCAGUGCAACAAUUUACGCAACUGACGCAGCGCCUGGAGGGGCGGGGGCGCAAGGGUUGCCAGUGUGCCCGACCGUGGCAUCGCACGAUUUUGAGUUCCAAGCGCCGCCCGCCUUGGAAGGCGACCUACUGCCACAGGAACCGCGUUUUGUGCAGUCUGCAGAGUGUGGGGUGGUUAAAAUAUCGGCACCUGGUGUGCAAGCAUGGGCGCAGAAGUUUUGGGAGUUUUCGCCGCAGGCCCCACCUGAUGAUGGACUCAUUCCAGCACCCCGCAAACAAUUAUCCUUCAGAUUUGAUUUCAUUGAAAUCUAUUCUGGUUGUGCUCGUAUGACAAAGGCAUUUGCGGAUAGGGGUUUAGUAGUGGGACCCCCGAUUGAAUUGAAAGAGGGGUGGGACCUGUUCGACAAAGAUUUGAGUCGACUCCUUCUUUUUCUGUGUAUGGCAGGUAGGGUGUGCAAAAAAUAUAAAUUUCGAAAAGAAGGGCACAUCAAUGUGUUGGAGUGUCACGCGCGUCGAUCUCUCCUGCUCAACAUUCCAGCCCAGCAGAGGGUAGUAGUCAUGCAAGAUUCCAUGGUCACACUUGGUGCUAGUGCAAAGGGUCGGAGUAGCAGCCCUUCACUGAACAAGGUUUUAAGACAGGAAUGUGCAAUUUGUGUUGCCAAAGAUCUUUAUGUUGGUGGCAUCCAUUCCCCCACAUGGGCGUUGCGGGCUGACGACCCAUCCAGAGGACGCUCCGUGCGUCUGCCUCGGGCCCCUCUGCCCGGCUGGUUCUUAGACUUGCGAGCAGGGCGCCUGGCACAAGCUCAGGACACUUUAGAUGAUCUCUCCCAGACUCCGCGGUCUGCCGGCCGGUGGUUUCUGUUUGCGGCAGCAGCUUGUUUGGCUGGUGUUGGCGGUUUCAAUACAAUCCGUGAUUGGGCCUCGUCCAUCCGCUGCGCCUCGCAACAGAGACGAUUUGGAACAAGGGAGGGUUCUUCAGACCACCGCUGCCCUCAGAAGACAGCUUCUGGACGCUUUUGUGGACUGGAUACAGAAUCAGGAAGCCAGUGCGACCGGAGCUCGUCCUUUCGCAAGUUUGGCCAGGGAGACCCCCAUAGUUGUGACGGAGUUGCUGGAAGAAUACGGCCGAGUUCUCUACGAGACUGGGGCAAGCCGACGAACAUUUAA